UUAACGCUUUGUAUGCGUUCGAAAUCGUUGAGCGCCUAAAGAGGUGGUGGUGGUUGUUGUGGUGGUAGUGUUGGUGGAGGCAGCGGCGGCGGCGGCGGCAGUGUGCGACGACGUUUCAUUGGUCCCGAUUAUUGUCGACGCCUACGUUUCGGCAGCACCGUCGGUCCGAGGCCAUCGAAGAACAGCGCUCGCCGUCAGCAGAUCAGUCGUUUCCUACUCGUCGUUACGGUACCUUGCCUGUAGACGUCACUCGGUGAAUUUAAGUUUUUUAACGAUCACGAUCCCAUCUCGCUCCUUAAAUACUAACCAUGCCUAGUUUAUAUCGUCACCUCCCGGAAGAACAAGUCGAAACUGUCGAACGAGAAGAAGUACAAACGGAUGAGAACCGAAGCGACGAUGAAGAAGAAUCAAUGAACAGCGAUACGAGCAGUGAAGCGUCAUCGAUGCUUAAUGACCCGACCAUUCAACCAUGGGUUCCGGUGGUGAGCUCGAGCGACGAGUCUGACGAAUUCUGGACACCGCCGUCAACCAGGAGAGACGACGACGACGAUUUUGAAGAGGUCAUUACCACCGAAAGGCGAUAUCUACGACCACAAUUGGCCAGGAGAUCCAGGGCCAGACGUCCUGGGGCAAUGUACGCGAGGCGCGGACGAUACCGUCAACCUGUAGCUGAACAAGAAUUGUACGAACUUACACCGUUCGAGCGUGGGAUCACCUUUAACGGAUAUGCACGGAAUUUACAGCCGGAAGCCAUUCUUAGCCAUGUGCUCAGAGGUAUUCCAGAGGAAAUUUUUUACCUGGUAAAAUGGAGGGGUAUGCAGGAGCCUCGCCUAAUUGAGGCAUCGGUCCUGCGUGCCUACAACAUCGACAUGGUAGUGGACUACUUUGAAUCUAAUGUUAAAAGAAAUUUUUUUACAUUGUUUUAUGAGGUUAGUAUAUUUUAAUAAUAACAAUUCUCUCAAUAUAUACAACACAACCAUGUUGUUGAAAUUAAAUUUCAUUACGAGGGUGGGCACAACAAUUUAUUAUUUUAUUGUCAUGAAAUAACUCACGUUGAGCAAUCGGCUAGAUAUUAAAUUAAUAAUAAUUUUCGUUUAUGAAAUUAUCCACACGACUAAUUAGGUUCAGUUAUUUCCCCAUUCUUAUAUGUUAUAAUAAUAUCACGAUUAUUAAUUUGUCGUUUAUGUUUUUUUUUGUUUUAGGACCUCCAGCAAGAUUAAUGCGAGUGUCAAUGAUUUUUUUUAUGUUAAUUUAAAUGUAUUAUUAUCCUUAAAUGUUUUUUUUUGUUUUUUUUUG